AUGGGGCGGCCCGGGGCCCGGCGCCUCGGCCUGCUCACCGCCUGCCUGGGGCUCUGCGCGGCGCGCGCGGCGCUCGGAGCUUCUUUUUAUGGCGAAAGCUAUGUAAAGCUCAACAUCCUAGAAAGUACCUCUGAGCUAUCUCUUCAAUUCAAAUUUCAAACCAGCAAACCACAGGGAUUGCUUUUUCUUGCAGCUGGGAAAAGUGACUAUUGUAUACUAGAACUUCUAUCAGGAACCUUACGGGUGAGAGUGAAUUUGGGUGCAGGUGAACAAGUGCUCCUUUCUGAACAAAGACUUAACAUGGAUGACUUGGUUUGGCAUUUGGUGGAACUGUACUGUGUUAAGGAUAAUAUUUCCUUGAUCAUUGACAAACAUUACAAGACAACUGAGCAAAUAGCUGGUGGGAUGCCUAGGCUGAGCUUUCAACACGGAAUCUACAUAGGAGGCCAUGGGGGACUUAAUGUUCCUUACGUCAAUGGAGAGUUUCCCAAUUUUCGUGGCUGUAUGGAGGAUGUAAUAUUUAACCAGAGGGAGAUCCUUAAGUCCCUUAGAUCUUACCCUGGUUUUAAGAAGGUCUAUGAGGUGUCGCUAGGAUGCAGUGAUGAGUUUUUUGCAGGGCAGGACGAAGCCAUCAAUUUCUUUAGCUCCAGAUCCUAUGUUACUUUUCCAGAAUGGAAGGUGCAAAGGGAAGGAUUAUUGGAAUUUGCUUUGCAAAGUGGAACUCAGCAAGCCUUGCUUUUAUUUCAGUCAGGCAGAGAGGGAGAUUUUGUUGCUUUGGAAAUACACGAAGGCCUACUGAAGGCUCAUGUUGGAAGGGGUACGAGUAAAGCACAGCUUUCUUCUUCUUGUGUAGUUAAUGACAACAAGUGGCAUGUUAUUCAACUCAAAUUUAUGGGAAGGUAUCUAGACCUAAUGGUAGAUAAGCAAGGAGAAAGGACUUUGCUGCCUUUGCAAAGCAAACCAUUUGUAUCUGAGGGCCCCCUCUUCCUGGGAGGUCUUGAUAACCGAAUGCGGGAAGAAGCAAAGAGGUUAGAACUUGCCUCCAUACCCAGGAAAUCUGCUCGGGGAAUCUCUUUUAAAGGGUGCUUAAGAGGCUUGGAAAUCAACUCAGAAAAGAGAGCCUUAAGGGACGCCCUUGUUUCCAAAGAUAUUUCAGCUGGGUGUAAAAGUAGCAUAAACCCUUCCCUAACAACAAUGGAAAACCUGCUGCAGUCAGAAGUUUCCUGUUCCACUGCCAUCCCUGAGACUACCAAAGCUUCCCUUCAAGAUGAAAUAAACCAUUUCUUGCUUUUGAAUAACUUAGAGGUCCAAGAAGGUGGACAAGCCUUACUGGAACAAAAGCAUAUCAGGUUAAACGUGGAGUUCGAAGAUCUGGGUCUCUAUCAUUCUCAAAUACUCUUCAAGAUUGAGGAAAUGCCCACUCAUGGGUUCCUUCAAUUAGAUGUUUCACCUGAGCAGAAUAUGGAGAAGGCUUUUACUAUGUUAGAUUUGUGGCAAGGAAAAGUUUGGUAUGUCCAUGAUGGCUCAGAAGAAUCUACAGAUCAUUUCACAUUUUCCAUCUCUUCCAAAAGCAAGAAGGAAAUGCCAUUGUAUCUGCAAGAUCAUGCUCCACAUGUGUUUCACAUUACUGUCCUACCAGUAAAUGACCCCCCGUACCUUAAGCUCCCCGAAGGAAACUUGCUUCUCCUGUUUGAAAAUUCUAGGAAACGAGUGACCCCUGAUGUAAUACACGUGUCAGACCCUGACACAGACUCUUUGAGUCUCAGUUUUUCAGUUCUUGGUAACUUCAAUUCAGAUGCUGGAUUUUUAGAAAAUGCCAGUGAUCGUGGGAAAGCCAUUAGUGGUUUUACACAGAAAGAUUUAAGAGAUGGCAACAUUUUCUACGUGCACAGGGGUCAUCGAAACUCUCGGAUUGUUCUGAGAGCAAGUGAUGGAGAGCUGGUGAGCAAUACAGUGGUGUUGCGGGUGAUGGCUGUUCCUUGGGACUUUGAAGUGGCCAAUAGAACUGGUGUGGUUGUACAACAGGGUGGCACUGUCCUGAUUACACGGAGUAACUUGUCAGUAGUGGUUAAUGGUCAACCGCCUGAGAUGCAGACCCGCUACGAGAUCACUCGUCCACCUCAAUUUGGCCAGGUUCAGCGGCAGGGAUCAAAUGGGGAGUGGAAACACGUUAGCACCUUUUCUCAGCAUGCCAUUGAUCGGAGUCGGGUCCGCUAUUGUAGUACAGUCAAAGAAUUGCAGCUUGAAAAUGUUACGGAUUAUUUUAAGUUUAAAGUUAACGUGGAAGGAAAAGUCAAUGAAGAGCUGAUGUUUCCUGUGACCAUUCAAUGGCUGAAGUUUAUGCUUCUGAAAAAUGUUCCUCUAGAGAUCACUCAAAAAAACAAGCAAGUAUUGAGUUCUAAUCAUUUGCAGGCUGCAACAGAGGGGGUGGAAGUAGCUGAGGAGGGACUACAUUUUAAGUUACUGACCCCACCUACGAAAGGGAAAUUGCUACUUGGCGAUAAAGUUCUAAAAACAAACUCAAUCUUCAGCCAAAGAGAUAUUACAGAUGCUAAGAUAAGUUAUGAACCUCAGGAGAGGCCCAAGGAAGAUUCUCAAGACAAUUUUAGGUUUUUGAUUAUUGCAAAACACAUAGAAUCAAAAGAUUACACCUUCAGAAUAAACUUUAAAGCAGAUAAGGUGCACAUUAUUUUAACCAACAAAGAAUUACUUGUAAAAGAAGGAGAAGGGAAAGUAAUCACAAAAUCAGAAUUAUUUGUUCAAACCUUAGACAAUCAAAUCUUCCAAUAUAAAAUCACCAAGAGUCCUCAACAUGGGAAAUUGAAACUAAUUAGCUUUACAGAUUCUCUAGAAAACAGUGACAAUGUCACUGCUUUCACUGAUCAAGACAUUGUGGGUGAACGGCUGAUGUAUGUUCAUGAUGACUCUGAGACCCAGUAUGAUGAAUUCUUCAUUGUGGCUUCCACCAAAGGUCCAGACCAAGAGGAAGUGGUCGGGGAUCUUGACUCAGAGCCUUUGUCUACAGAAAUCCAAGUCACCAUCUCUGUUGAGUUAAAGAAUGAUGAGAAGCCAGUGCGCGUGGUGGAUAAGGUUUUUCAUGUUGUGCGGAAUGGCCAGCGCUUGUUGACACAGGAGGAUCUCUGUUACCAUGACCCUGACUUAGAUUUUGAUGACGGGCAGUUGCUGUAUACUCGGCGAGGCAUCCCAAAUGGGGAUUUGGUACAAGCCAGUGACCCCACUCAGAAACUCUACAAGUUCAGGCAAGAGGACCUGCGGGAAGGGCAUGUGCUCUUCAAACACUGGGGUGCAGACUCGGCUCGCUUUGUGCUAUUUGUGACAGAUGGUGUCCAUUAUACAUCGUCCCUUCUCGAGGUCAGUGCAUCAGACCCUUAUGUGCAGGUGGCCAACAACACAGGGCUGCUUGUGCAGAGAGGACAAGAGGGCAGUGUCACAGCAGCCAACCUGAGUGUCACCACAAACCAGGAUGUCAGAACGGACCACGAGGUUGAAUUUCACAUCGUGCAGCCCCCAAAGCAUGGCACAGUCCUAGUCAACAAGACUGUGUCCCACUCAUUUUCCCAGCAUGACUUGAAGCAAGGAUAUGUGAUUUAUAGGCAUGAUGGCAGUGGUGACUUCGAUGUGUUCAACCUAACAGUGAAAGUCAAAGAUGUCUACUUAGAAGUGAGAGUUUAUGUUCAAGUAUGCUUGGACGGCUACCAACAUCACACCCACAUUCUGCAGAGAAAGACCCUUGUAGUUGAAGAAGGGAAACCAGUAAAACUGAGUAGAGGAAGGUUCCAGGCUGGGAAUGAAGAUAAUUUUCCUUCAGAGGCAAUGUUCAUAGUCAGAACUCCGCCCAUGCAUGGAUUCCUCCAAAAGUCCAUACCAGAAGAAGGCAGCUUGAACACAGAAGAGCGGUCCCCCUUGGUUUUCACACAACAGGAUGUCAAUGCUGGCCAUAUCCUCUAUGUCCAGACAGUGCCUGGCCAACAACAAGACCGUAUCUCCCUGGAUGUGAUGACUGGUUCCCAAGUUGUGAGUGCAGUGGAGAUCCUGGUGGACGUUGUCCCUAAGUGGAUUCCCCUGGAGGUGCAGAACUUCACAGUUCAAGAAGGUGGCUCCAAAGCACUCCUGCAAGACCAUCUCAAAAUUCCAAGCCAAUAUUUUGAGGGACUUGACUGUGAAUUUGUUCUACUUGAACCACCAAAGCAUGGUUAUAUUGAAAGUUCUGAUUUACCAAGAAUAAAGCUAAUGAAAUUUACGAGGAAACAGGUUGAAAAUGAACUGAUUUACUAUGUUCAUGAUGACAGCGAGGAGCUUCUUGACAAUUUCACCAUCUUUGUAAAUAGCUCAGAGCUUGGAAAACAGAGUCUGCCCCAAACUCUUUAUGUGACUGUUGAAUCUAUAAAUGAUGAAGCUCCAGUAAUAACAGCCAAUAAAAUCCUCCAGGUGUGGGCGAAUUCUGUCACAGAGAUAACCAGUGGGGACCUCCAUGCAGAAGACAAGGACUCCUUGCCGCAGGACCUGGCCUACUGGGUCACUCCACCCAGCAACGGGCAUUUGGCUCUCAAGUCCUUUCCUGGCCGAAGCAUACAGAACUUUACCCAGGCUCAAAUCAAUGAGGGCCAGCUGGUGUUUGUUCACACUGGGGCAAUGUCAGGAGGCUUCAGCUUCCAGGUUACCGAUGGUUCGAACUUUGCACCUCGACAAAUUUUUAGCAUCAUAGCUCGAGCUCUGACCAUCAGCCUGGAAGUCAACAGAGGACUGCGCAUCUUUCCAGGUUCCACCAAGCCGCUUUCCUCUCGUGACCUGAGAGCUGUAACCAACGAUGCAGACGGAGCAGGAAACAGAACUGUGACUUUUACGGUCGUCAGUUCCCCUCGGCUCGGGAGGUUGGUGAGAAUGAACUCUGACAACUGCACGGAGGAUGUUUCCGUUUUCACCCAGCAUCUGGUCAACGAGGGGCAGAUACUCUAUCAGCAUGUGGAUCGUGAGAAUGCAGCCUGGACUGUACAAGACUCUUUUACAUUCACGGCGUCCUCCCCACCGGCAGCUCUAGGCCCAGAGGAGUUUCAUGUUACUAUUUCAUACGAGAUUAAUGAGCCUGGUCGGCAGAGCCAACUGCUUGCAAAUACAGGAGCUGCUGUGAAGGAGGGAGGCAGAGUCCUCAUUGAUCAAUCCAAGUUAGAUGCUUCCAACCUCUUGUUUAAAUUGUCCAAAUCUCAGCACUCUUCCUAUGAAAUCUGGUUCCAGGUUAUAUCACUUCCUCACCAUGGGACCAUCACAGUUGGAGAAAGAAACAUUACCAAAGAAAAACCCAAUUUCUCCCAGUAUAUAGUUAAUAAAUUUGGAAUCACAUACCUUCAUGAUGACUCUGAAUCCCUGGCUGAUAAUUUUACCUUUGCUGCUUGGCCAAAUCGAAAGAACGAGUCCCCCAUCAAGCCGGAGGCUGACUUCCUGGAAGAGCUAUUUAACAUCACCAUCUCCCCUGUUAAUGACCAGGCACCAGAAUUAAAGACAAAAGGGCUUCAGCUGAGAGUUCUGCAGGGCAGUACGUUGGUUGUGGGACCUGAAAACUUGAAAGUGGAAGAUCUUGACAAUUCUCCCGAUGAGAUCAGAUACUCACUCAUCCGUAAUCCUUCUAAUGGCUUUUUGGCCAUGGCUAACCGUCUAGACUCACCUAUUCACCACUUUACACAGGCUGACAUCGAUCACUCUCAGGUGUGGUUCAUCCAUGAUGGGAGCCCAUCCUCUGGAGUGUUCUACUUCAGCGUGACAGAUGGAGAACACCGCCCUCUCUACAAGCUCUUCCACUUGGACGUCAUCCCCAUUUCCAUCACCCUCGUGAACCUCACCGACCUACUUCUCCCACAAGGUCAGACAAGUGUCCUCCUCACCAAUGCUCACCUGUCAGCAGUGACCAAUGGAAGAAGCCCCCAGAUCACUUACAGGAUAACAUGGCCCCUCCGACAUGGGCACCUGCUGAUCGAAGACCAGGUAGUCACUAGCUUUGGACAGGAGGAUUUGAAUUCAGGAAAACUGUCUUACCGUAUGACAAAUCUCACAGCCUCAGAGGACCAGCUGCAGUUCUCAGUGUUUACGUCAGAAAGCAAUCUGACAGGACAAACACUGGGCAUCAGAGUGCUGCCUUUACUGCGGGUGACGUCCCACCUCACAGUGGCCAACGGAGUGGCUCAUCAGUUGAGAAGAAAGGACCUUGAUGCUACUGAGCUCGCUAAUAUGACAAACAGUGAUCCCACAUUUGAAGUGACAGAACCGCCUGUCCAUGGAAGACUUGUACGAAGGGUGGUUCGCAGCUCUGUGACAGAAGAUGCUACUCUGUUCACUCAGAGCGACAUUGACCAAGGACUGUUGGUGCUUGAUCCACACGCUAAUCUAACAGGCGUCACUCUGCUGAAUGACUCCUUCACUUUCUUGCUCAGGGCAGACCAUGUGCAGCCAGCAAUAGGUUAUCUCCCCUUCACCAUAGUGCCACCUGACUCCUUCAUCUUGCAGACUUUCACACCAAAUGUUCCUUUAUUAGUCACUGGAGGUAGCCUUGUGACCUCGGUUCUUGCUCAGGAAAAGCCCAUGAUUUCCUUAGGUCCCACGGCACAGACAGACUCUCUGGAGAAGCCAUCCCAGACCAGCUGGCAGAGAACAGAGCCCUGGGGUCAACACAGUGAUGAAGAGCUUCAUGUAUAUGGCAAGGCCUCUCCCACCAGGGUCAUUUGGCCCCCAGCUGUGACCAGAGUCAGCCACAGGGCACCCACUCAGCCCAGAGUGAGUAAUUACCCACUGAUGGUCAUUGUAGCCUUGGCUGUGGUGGUCUUCCUGCUGACAGUGACUGCAGUAGCCUUGUGUGUCUGGCUGCUGGGUCGGAAGACAGAAAAGGCCAAACCCCUCAUCAAGCCCCAGACCAACGUGGAGCCCACAACUCCAUGUCACAGGCCAGAAAGGAGCACCACUGUUCCCACUGUCACAGUGACUCCCCUUAUCAAAAGCUCCAGCAGCCCCCCAGCCAGUCUUUUUAGGGUCCCACACUGUGAGAAAAUGGUUUCUUCAUUGCCUGAGCCAGUGGAAAAAUGUGCUCCUUGGGAGACAUGGCUGAACCUGGAUCCAGACAUGGUCAAGCUCUGCCGACAAACCAACCCAACACUGAAACACAACCAGUACUGGGUCUAGACGUGGGGCUCUUGUUAACUUAUUGGCCACCUACUGUUUAGCAGGUACUAAUAGAGACACUGAGAUGUACGACAAAGAAAUGUUAGUUGAAUCAACAUGGCCCUGUUGGUCAUGCCGUGCUUAAUCAUGGUCCCUUGGUUAGUUGGUGGUUUAUUGUAACUUUUGUACAACACUCAUCAAUUUCCAUAGUGAGCUCUGUGUGUCCUCUUCUGGACCUUUCUCAGUAUACAUCAGCUUUUGUCAAUAUUUAAACCCUUUGCCAAGGUGCUACAGGACAUGUUGGCCCCACUAAAAACGACAGUAUUAACUUGGGACAUAAAGUUGAAAGAGGAAGGCUUUGAAUAUUUUUCAUUGAGGAUUCAUUCUCGCUCAGUGAGUCAGCAGGAAGUGCCAGAACUAUUUUAGCAUAUAGGAGAGAUACUUCAUCAAAUUACGAAUUUGUUUAUGUCAUGUUUUUCUGUACUGUCUUCCUCUUCAGGGCCUCUAAGUUUGAUUUCCUAAUUCAGGGAAUGCCUUGGUAUUCCUGAGAGUGGGACAGCCUGGUCCCCUUUGAAGGUGUUUAUUGACUACAUUAGAUUUCCUUUCUUUUUAAAAUGAUGUAUUUAUUUAUUUGAAAGCCAGGGUUACAGAGGGAGAAGGAGAGACAGAGAGAUCUUUCAUCCACACUGGUUCACUCCCCAGAUAGCUGCAAAGGCCAAGGUUGAGCCAAGCCAAAGCCAGGAGCCCAGAGCUUCAUCCCAAUCUUCCACAUGGGUAGCAGGGGCCCAAACACUUGGGCCAUAUUCUGCUUUCCCCAGGUCUGCCCACUGUGUAAUUAGAGAAGCAGUGGAUAGUAUCUAUUAAAAUGCUCUUCAAUUAUUGAGAUACUUGAAAAACAAUGAUUUUGAUUUUUCAGAUUGGUGUCUUUAUUAUCUCUGUUCAUGUGUUAAUUGUUUUCUCAAAACUAGAGGUCAAUGUUCUUCAACGGGGUGAGCAUGGGUUUGGGGUAGCAUGGGUUUGGGGUAGCAUGGGCUGUGAAAGCUGUGUGAGGGGAGACAUUCCUCCUUCCUUCCCCCUGGCCCAGAGGACAUUUGGUGAUUACUAGGGACAGGGGUUUUUUUUUGUUUUGUUUUGUUUUGUUUUCAAAACUGGUGGAAAGUCCUUGAGUCUACUGGGUAGGGGCCAAGGAGGAUGCCACAUAUAUAACAAUGCACAGGACAGCUCAACAUGACAAAGGGUUGUCUGGCUCCAAAUGUCAAAGGUGCUGAGAUGGAGAAAACCUGGCUUAAGCCACAAUCUCUUGGAUACCUGUUGAAGGAUUAGUAAACUCAUUACCAAGUCUAGGCAAAAGCCAUUUCUACAAAUAGAAUGGGGGGAGGAGGGGUGAAAUUCCACUGUGUAUUUGAAACUGACUGGCUAAUGGUACACAUGAAAAUUUUUUAAAAGAGAAUGGAUUAAAAACCAAACAAAAUUUGACAGAAGUUUCAUUUCUUUAUAUUUCUUGUCUAAGGGAAAGAUUUUGCCUGUGUUAACAGGUGGAAUGCAUCAGGAGAAAA